GUUAAAUAAUUUAAACCGUUAAAAGCUUUCUUCAAGCUGGCAGCAGAGUUCUGAGGAUUUCUGUUUCUAGCAGCGCAGCUGGAACAUUUAUCCAAAGGUUUGAGACACUACAGACCAUCUAAUCCAUCCUGAAUGCUUCCCAUCUGAAGUGGACGUUUGGUGCACCAGAAAUAAUCACAGAAAGAUCAGUUUUAGUUGCUAAACUGCGGGGAAACGGUGGGGAAAGGCGAGCCGCCGCCAUCUUGAUCAGGAGACGACCGGUUAGCAUACAGGCGGACAGACGUUGGUGCUGAAAACACAUAUCUGAAGAAACAAAAAUGGACCUGGACCUCCUGUGUGCCAAGAAAAACUGCGGCAAAAACAGAAGAGCUGCUCUGCAGGGCCUAAAAAGGAAGAAGUGGUACGAGAAACAUCUGACGUAUGUUGACCAUGCUAUUGAGACCACAAGAUUCGCUUGCAAAAACAAGGAAAUGAUCAAAGUGAAUGACCUGAUUAAGGGAAUCACACUGGAAGCUGAUGGGACUGAGGACAUGUCAGGAAAACCCUACAUGUCUGUGAACCAGGAGGGGGAAUUUAAAGAGGAUGAGCGGCUGGCUGAGCUGGAGGGACUGAAGAAGAGUCUGAAUGAGAGCCUCCUGGAGGCCAGCAGAGUAGAGGACAGAGUCCAUCCUUCCCUAGCGUUGUCCUCUGCUUCACCCUCUAGUCCUGGCAUUAUGGAGGAAGAUGAGGUUGAAAAUGACUUGGAGUACCUUCGACGUUGGGCGAAUGAAUCGUUGUAAGCCAAACAUCAGACCCACCUCACCAAAACAAAGAGGAUGGAAUAAACAAACAGCUGUUACAUG